AUGAUACAUUCCGUCCUUAUAUUUAACAAGAAGGCACAACCCAGACUGGUCAAGUUUUACACUCCCGUAGAACUGCCUCAACAAAAACUGCUUAUACAACAAGUUUACGAGCUGGUUUCUCAUCGGAAUAGCGAGUUUCAAAGCUCGUUUCUGACCACUCCACCUUCACUUCUUCGGUCCGGCUCUGACGAUAUAGGUGAUGAUGGUGGCAUUCAAGUCAUCUACAAGAAUUAUGCGACUCUGUACUUUACGUUCAUCGUAGACGACCAAGAAUCCGAACUGGCCAUCCUAGAUUUGAUCCAGACGUUUGUGGAAUCCCUGGACCGGUGUUUUACAGAAGUUAAUGAACUGGACCUUAUAUUCAACUGGCAAACGCUCGAAAGCGUGCUCGAAGAAAUUAUACAGGGAGGAAUGGUAAUUGAAACGAGUGUGGCCAGAAUUGUUGCUGCAGUCGACCAAUUGAAUAGAAGUUCAAGCACCGAGGGUAGGUCCAGCCGGUUUCCGGGUGCUGGGUUCGGCAAUGCGCUGCAAGCAUUUGCACAAACUGGAUUUUCAACCUGGGCCUCAAGCCAAUGA